AAUAGAUAAGAACUACUCAUAAAAUUUCAUUAUCGUACCUUAUCUCACUUAUAUAUAAUAGCAGGAGAUAAUAUAGGGGCAUUAGUCUUAAUAGAAUUAGAAAUAAAUCAAGUAUUAGCAAAAUACGAUGGGUUUCUCAAAUUUGUUUAAGUUUUUAAUAAUAUGUAGUGUUUUAAAUUUGGGAGAAUCAGCAAAUAUCUUAGGGAUAUUUCCAAUACCGAGUAAAAGCCAUGAUAUAUUAGGGAGUACACUUUUUAAACAUUUAUCGAGUCUUGGGCAUAACGUAACAUACAUUUCUCCAUUUACUCAUAAUUCCCAAAAGAAUUUUCAUCAUAUUUGUGUUAGUGAAAUUUCAAAGUUUAGAGACGAUAACAUGAAACAAACCAUGCAAGGAAAUGGUACAACGCUCGGGAUGAUGCUUCAAGUAUUUAAAAUGAUGGAUAUGACAACCAUGAUUUUUGAAAACGCCGGAGUUCAACAUUUAAUCAAAUCAAAACCGUCCACUAAAUUCGACAUAUUAAUUCAUUUUAUGGGAAUAGAUCCGACGUUAGCUCUGGGGGACCACUUUGACGUGCCAAUAAUUUUAUUUUCACCAAUUGGUGGCUUUCCAACUACAAAUAACCUUGUUGGAAAUCCAGCUCCUUUUUCCUACGUUCCAAACGUAAUCCUACCGUUCACUGAAAAUAUGAACUUUUUGGAAAGGACUAUUAAUACAAUGGUUACUUUACUGCUUCCUUUACAGGAAUACACAGUUAAUUGGGUUUCUAAUAAAUCCAUUAAAAAAUAUCUACCCGAAGCAGCUUCAAUGCAAGAAGUUAAAAAACGAAUCGAUUUAGUUUUAGUAAACACUCAUAUUAGCACGGAAAGUCCACGACCUUACGUGCCAAAUAUGAUUCAAAUCGGCGGUUUUCAUUUACACAAACCAAAACCUCUCGAUGAAGAUUUAAAAAAGGUGUUAGAUGAAGCUAAAGAUGGAUUCAUUUAUUUUAGUUUCGGUACGAAUGUAAAUCUUAAAGAUCUCGGAGAAAACUUUAUGGAUAUAUUUAAGAAAGUUUUGGGAAAAUUACCGAUAAAAGUUAUUAUAAAAUACGAAGACGAAUUUAUGGAGAACAAACCGGAUAAUUUUUAUUUGGGAAAAUGGUUUCCACAACCAUCAGUUUUAGCUCAUCCAAACGCAAAAUUGUUUAUUAGCCACGGUGGUUACGGCGGAUGUACGGAAAGUCUUUAUUAUGGUGUUCCAUUGGUUUGCAUUCCAUUUUUUGCGGAUCAGUUUAAAAAUUGUGCUGAUGCUGAAAUGAAUGGGUAUUCACGUACGGUUAAAUUAAAUGAAUUAACGGAAAAAUCAUUUUCUGAGGCUUUAAAUAAAGUUCUUUACGAUGAACAAUUCAAAGCUGCUGUUAAAUUUAAAUCUGAAAUGUAUCGGGAUCAACCUAUGAAUCCAAUGGAUAAAGCUGUUUAUUGGAUCGAACAUGUCUUAAAACAUAAAGGAGCUAAACAUUUAAAAGUUAAAGGAGCAGAAUUACCGUGGUAUCAAUAUUUAUUGGUUGAUGUAUUUUUGUUUCUUGGAUUUGUGAUAUUAAUUGUUUGCUUUAUUAGUAUAUAUAUCAUGAAAUUUCUUUUUAGAAAAUUAUAUAAUAAACAAAGAAUUUUUCAAUGUGAAGGUUUGUAA